AAGGACGGGAGUAGAUGUGAAGCAAUGCUUCAACCGUUCAAAGGCUUCGUUCCUCUCAUGAGUCCAUUCAAAUGGUACAUCCUUCUUUGUAAGGUCGUUGAGAGGUCGGGCCGUGGUAGCGAAGUCUUUGAUGAAUCUGCGAUAGAAGUUUCCAAAGCCGAGGAAAGACUGUACUUCUUUUAG